AUGUGGGGUCAAACUCCUGAAAGUCAGUUAUGCAGGAACAGCAGUCAGAACCCUUCCCCGUGUCUCAUCCUUAGACUUGACCACAUUGUGAUGACUGUAAAGAACAUCGAAGACACCACCAUGUUCUAUUCCAAGAUCCUGGGCAUGGAGGUCACUACUUUCAAGGGAGACCGGAAGGCAUUGUGUUUUGGAGACCAAAAAUUUAACUUACAUGAGGUGGGAAAGGAAUUUGAGCCCAAAGCAGCUCACCCCAUCCCGGGCUCCCUGGAUAUUUGUCUGAUCACAGAAGUGCCUUUGGAGGAGGUGAUCCAGCGCCUCAAGGCAUUUGAUGUCCCCAUUGAGGAGGGCCCAGUCUCCCGAACAGGAGCAAAAGGACCUAUUAUGUCCAUCUACUUCCGAGAUCCUGAUAGAAAUCUCAUUGAGGUGUCCAACUAUGUGAUCUCAUGAUUGACACCUGCCUUCCUCCAUUCUGUUCCUCAAGAUGUCAUCUUAUCCCUCAUUUCCUGCAAGUUCCAGAAACCUCCAAGAACUGAGAACUUUGGCACUUCACCGAUCCUACAAAGGGGCCCUAAGACAGGUUUAUGUCCAAACUUUUGUUGUCUAGACAGCCUCCAUCUAAAGCUACUCCAAUAAAUGACUAAU